UCCAAAAAACAGCUACAGAGUGUGAGGUUGUUUGGGAUCAGAGCCAUAGAGAUGAAAAGCCUAUCGGACCGAUGCGGCAUUUCAUUAAGAACACUGCACGGAAGUUGCGGCGGUUAGCCAAGUUGCUAGGUUGCCGCGAAGGCGAAAUUGCGGCUACAUCCUCUUCUGAAGAGGCGGAGAUUCCUGACGACACCAUUCUGAGUCAAAGCAUUAGUCGAGGCAAGAAGCAAGCCACACGGUCUGCGUACCAGUUGAAGCCGAGGGGCAAGGCUCCACACCGUUACACUCCGGAAGAUUAUGCGAACCGAGGAAAGAAGGCUGUGAUCGAGUCCGAUCAGGAGCCGCCGCGGAGAUCAUCUUUGAGGAGGAUGAGGAACGAUGAGUCGUCAUCUUCAGAGGAGCAGGAGGUGCAGCAGCAAGAAGAGCAACGGCAGCGGACGAAAAGGAUGGCCGUCCGGAAGCAGCCCGUGAGGAGGGGACGUCGAGGAGGAUAGAUGGAUUUGCUACAUGUUGUGAACUCUAUCUUCAUAAGUAUCGGGUUGUGAACUCUAUGUCAUUUCGAACCAUGUCGUCAUUUCUAUGUCA